AAUCACACUUAAACCAUGUUAUGUUAUGUUCAACAAGUCUGUUCAAACUUUUUUUGCAGAGUAAUGCUUUUUUAUUUAUUUAAAACUUACUGUUAAGGCAAGUUUUAUAUAUUUCGUUGCACUUUGUGCAAUGACAAUAGAUUCAGAAGUUGGUAAAGUAAAGAGGUCCUUUGCGUGCAGGCCUGCGCAUGCAUGCCUGGCUGUGCGUAAAGAGCUGCUAGAGGCGCGAAAUGCAAACACGUGACCAAAAUGGGGUGGCCUUUUGGAGACGAUAGAGCAGCAAUGAGGAUACUGAAUGAGAUUCAACGUGUUAUGCGGUUGAUUAUGCUUUUAAGAAGGCAAAGAGGAUGUAAGGGGUUGAAGUCUGGAGAGGGAGGACUGAUGGUCGUGCUCUGGAACAGCAAAGAAUCGUACGGAGUCGACCAUUGCAGGCCUUUGCUUGAUGUUUCUGGUGCUCCGAUGGGAACUGAUCUGGUGUUCGGGUCCAUAGCAGCUGCUGGUCCGUGGUGCGAAGGGUUCGCUACGGGUAAUCUCAAACCUGGCUUCACAGAUCUUAUCCAGAAGCUGUUUCCUUCUGAAGACCAAGGUCCAGAGCCGGACCAAGAAGAGCUCUGUGGCUUCACUCACAUGCACGGCCCCAUCCAUCUCCUUAUCUCCUUUCAGGUGAAAGUGGCGAAACAGUUUGAUCGGCAGGAGUGGCCUUUUCACAUAGAGGCAUUCCUACACAAGCUCAGCCUGACCAAUGCACGGGUGAAAAUACACUUUAGCUGUAAGUCGUAUCAAAAGAGGCUCCAGAGAAUUUUCAGUGGGAAGAUACAGUGCAAAUUAACACUGAAAGAUCAGUGGUCAACAUUCUUGGAUGUCACCUCCUCCAAGCCUGGGGUGAGCGUGGGGGAGAGGCCUUGGUGUCACGGAGGACAUCCUGUUCCCGGGGAGCGAGUGUCUCUCAGCAUCCCACCUGCAGCCAUGGAGAGAGGCCUCUACGGGGAGCUCAGUCUCCAGCCGGUGGCCCUGUUAGCCCCCUGUGUGCUACAAUACCCCAACCUGGCAACCUGCCUCACACACAUACAAAUAUCCUUUGCCCUGUUAUACCUGUCAGAUGACGGCGGCACACACAUAAACACAUGUAGACAUGUGAACACACAAGCAUGCACCAGGUUGUUUCUUGACUGUGUGUGUGGGCAGGUGGAGGUGUACGGUCCCAGUAACGUGCCCGUAGCCAGCCCCACAGACUUCCUCCAGCAGCUGUCGGUGCAUCUGAACUGUGAGGAGCUGGGCAUCGAUGGCAUCCUCCGCUGGAAUGACCCCACUGACCUCCAGCCGAGAGGGGGGGCCACCCUGCCAGUGGAGGCUGAGACCGGUCCAGAGGGAGGGUGUAGCCUGGCCUCAGUGGAGCAGAGCCUCACACUGCUCCUCUUCCUGCACCACAUGGACCCGUUUACCUCCGAGCUCUAUGAUGUUAUAGCUACAGAAGAGCUGUUGGAGCACCACCUGGAGGCGAUACUGACCAACAACAGGCAGGCAGUGACGGCCGCGCUGCAGAGGGAGAUCAAGAGCAUUCUGAACGCUCACAGACAGAGAAGCAAGGCAAUAAUAAUAAUAAUAGCUUGGACUUGUGUAGCGCCUUUCAUGGUAACCAAGGCCAGUGAAAAGAUCUGCUCAGCAUUUGAAGUGAUUUCCAGCUCUGCUCUCAGCAUCGUGAGCAGCAGCAGUAACCUGGAUUUCAGGGCUGCCUGCCUCAGUAACAUGAGGGUGCGUGACACCCAUGGGCUCUCACAGGCCCUCCGGGAGACACAGGUGAGGGUGACCUCAUGGAAGUUUGUUCCGAAGGCCAGGUGUUACCCGGUACCGCAGGAAGACACGCCGACGAGGAGAGAAAUGUGAUCCACUGACACCUGGUGGUGGUUUGGUUAAUAAAUAAACAGUUUGGUGUUUCUUCAGAUAUAUUGAAAAGAUACGUUUUACAUUGUAUAUGUUGACUAGUUAAGUGUUGUUCUUGUUGUGUAAGUGUUUCUCGUACAAAGAGCACUGAAUGCAAACAGGCCUUGUUAUGCACUAUAUGUAGUCAGUUGAAAGAGUAAAGAGAUGCCGACACUAUGUACGAUAUCUGUCAGUGUUGUACUUUCAGAAAUAUUUACGCUUUGAACUUGAAGCGAACCAACCGGUAAAACAAGCUUGACGGGCAUAUAGGAAACUCAUCCCUUUGUGUUAAGUAUGGCCAGAAGGCACUGCCUGGGGCGCCCUAAGGCUCACCUUGUAGAGUAUGUAC